GGUACAUGCUUUCCUUGAGCUUCGCACUGCUUCGCUGAGUCUUUUGCAUGUCCCCCCAAAAGCCUAUUGAGAUUUAGAAGCCCGUCUUUUGCAGCAUACUAUUCGGACUGUUCCAACGAAAGAGUUAAAGCGCAACAGUUGAGAAACAGCUGCGAAACUCACAGACACAGCUCAGACACACAGCUUUCCAUCACCAAUGACUCGACGACUCGACUGAACCGACCAAGCUCCCUUUCCUUCGGUUCUCACAAAAUUGAACUACAACCUAAAAAAGCUCUCUCUCUCUCUCUCUCUCUCUCUCUCUCAACAACUCAUCACUUCUAACGAUAGCCAUGACUAUGCAAAAGAGCACCAAAUCAGUGAAAUUCAGCACUGCUGGACCCACAUUUAUAACCAACUCAAUGAUCAGUAUGCCCAGCUAUGCAUUGUCUGAUUCUCUCAAGGAACGACUCUGGCUGGACAGUGAAGAGAUUGCAGCCAUGAUCCAAAACCAAGAUCAAGAAUCCACAGCACAAGUCCGUGGCCUUUCUCCCAAGCAAUACACGCACCGUCAUGGUUUCGUGCAAACCAUCUUGGCCCAGCAAGAGGAACAACGCGAAGAAUUGGGAGGCACUGAUGAACGAGGAAUCCGAAUGAUGGCAUGCGCCCUUAGCAAGCCAGAUCAAAAGAAGGCACUCCAGCUGGCCCGUCUAGAUGCUAUGGAAGCCCAUGAUAUCCACAGGGCCAGUGCAUGCUACACUGACAGCCCACUCAAGUCGAUUGAAGAAUACACGAGACGAACCACCUUUGUGCCCGUCAGACGUCGUCGUGCGGCCACUGCACGCGGAGCUUAGGAUGCAACAAACGUUCAUUCAUUGUAUCAUAUCAUAUAGAGAGAGUAGCUAUACACAAUAGAGAUAAAGGCUGUAAACGACCAGAAUGUACU